CUGAUUUGACAGUUUCGAUCGACGUCAUGUGGCCGUCGCUGGAAGAGCACAACCUGAAGAAGUCAGGGUCAGCGCUGGUGCUGUGCGCAGCGCUCUUGGUGCGAUGGCUGGUUUCAUUGCACUCGUACUCGGGCAUGAGCACGCCGCCAAUGUACGGUGACUAUGAAGCCCAGCGGCAUUGGAUGGAGCUCACGUAUCACCUCCCCGUGCAUGACUGGUACUUUUACGACCUGCAGUACUGGGGGCUCGAUUACCCUCCGCUCACGGCGUAUGUGUCGUACUUCUUCGGCUACAUCGCUCAAUUCGUCGAGCCUGCGCUUGUGGCGUUGGAUACGUCCCGAGGGUACGAAACUCCCUCGUCCAAGGUGUUCAUGCGAUUGUCGGUCCUUGUAUGCGACAUUGUGCUCUUCAUUCCAUCUCUCCUUCUCUUGGCCAAAGGGUUGUACAAGCAGCAGUGGGCCUUGCGCAUGGAAUUCCUCAUGCUCGUGCUGCUGCAACCAGCGUUCGUGCUCAUCGACCAUGGCCACUUCCAGUACAACAACGUGUCGCUGGGCUUCACGACGCUGGCUGUUGCGAGCAUCCUGCAAGACCACGAAGUCCUCGGCUCCAUCUUCUUCUGUUGCGCGUUGAACUUCAAGCAAAUGGCACUGUACUUUGCUCCAGCCAUCACGUUUUACCUCGUGGCCAAGUGCCUAUACCGACCCCACGCCAUCCUGCACUUCGUCAAGCUUGGCGUGACUGUGAUCGCGUCGUUUGCAGUCCUCUGGCUGCCCUUGUGCGCGUCCACGGGCCACGCCACCUGCGGCCCCACUCUGGCUCAAAUGCUUCACCGCGUGUUUCCCAUUGCCCGAGGACUCUUUGAAGACAAAGUGGCCAAUGUAUGGUGCUGCUUGGACCUGUUUCUCAAGCUCCGCCACCACAUCUCGCCCCCACACCUCGUCUACCUCUGCACGGGGGCCACCUUGGUUGGCUUUUUGCCGUCGGUCGUCGACCUGGUGCGGCGCCCGCCGUCGCGCGUGCGAUUCUUCCUCGCGCUCUUCAACUCGUCCAUGUCGUUCUUUCUCUUCUCGUUCCAAGUGCAUGAGAAGACCAUCCUACUGCCUCUCCUUCCCGUCACGUUUCUCCUGUCGGAAGCCACGCUCUUGGCCAGCUGGUUUGGCCUCGUCGCUACGUUUAGGUUUGCCCCGUGAAUGAUUUACGAUGGAAAGGUGGUGGGGGACCUUAACAUUACACGACCCCACUCCAUAGCAUGUAUUUCCUCCUCGUCAAAGACGGGCUCGUGGUGCCGUACGUUGUCGCAGUUGUGGGCUACACAGCGUUUGGCAUUGUGCCCUACUACUGGACCAAAUCCAGACUCUCGCCGAUUUCGUCCGCCCCUGGCACGCCCCCCCAAUGGCAACGCCAUUAUGUGCUGGUGUCUGUGGUUGGGAUCUUCGUCCUCCAAGUGCUGGCGUGGGUCGUGCCUCCGCCAACCAAACUCCCCCAUAUCCACGAGUACUUGUUUGCGUUGUACUCGUGUGGCCACUUUGUAUUGGCACUGGUGUACACGACAUAUUGGCAAUGGACAGCCCCGGAUGCGACCCCCAAACACAAACUCGAAUAAGGAGUUGUUAGAAUCAUCGAAUGAACAGUAUGAAUACUAACUAUACUACGCAUUUCCGUUUAUAUUUUGGGUUUGUAUAAAUAAUGUAAAAUCGGGGACGACAAGUUACAUGGUCGUGGUGAUGGACUUGAAGUACGACAGCGGCAACGCCGACGCUCGGGAGAUGUGACUGAGCAGGGGAGAACUCGCGGCGCGCCGUUGCCGAGUCACGACCGGUGGUUCAGGCUGGAACAAGGGAUGGGCCAGCACUUGGGCCAUCGACAAGCGUUCGGAGGCGCUGGGGCGCAACAGCUUCGUGAGCAGGUCCACGGCGUUCUCGCUCACACUUCUAGAGGAUGGAUGCGCUUCCAGAACACGCUGGAUGCCCGUGGCGGGGUCCGCGGCUUGGGCAUGGAAGAAGAGGUGGAAGGUCGGGUCGGUCAUGGCCGCCUUCUCGAAGAGGGGCCGACCAGUCACGAGCAUGAACAGCAAGAUACCCAGCGCCCAGCGAUCGCUGGCCAGGGCGUUGUAUGGCCGCCGCAGGUGCAUUUCAGGACUCAUGUAGUACAGCUUGCCCACGCCAGCGUACCGAGUGACUGCGCGGACCAUCGCGAGCCCAAAGUCGCACAAUUUGACUGAAUGAACACCGUCGUGGACCAAGAUGUUUUCGAGGGAGAUGUCGCCGUGGGCAAUCUCCAACCCAUGGAGGUGGUUCACGGCACCCGCGACUUGCUUGAAGACGGCCACGGCGUCCGAUUCCGUCCACGUCGAGUUGAACGAUGUCACCAACUGGGUCAACAUGUCCCCGCCAACACAGUACUCGAACACCAAAUGGAGCGCGUCGUCAACUAGGAACGAGUCGCGCAUGCUCACAAUCCCAUCGUACGCAUGAUUCGCAAUGAUGUGGUUGAUGUGCAUUUCUUUGUACGCAGCGCAGUCCAGUGGUAAUACCUCCAUAGAUGACGCGGUGACAGGAAUCUUCUUGAUCACAACGAUGUCGUUUGACGGGAGAUGACGGUACAGAAAGAUGUUGGUAUUGCCUCCCGCGUUCAAGCGCUGGACCAGUUCGUAUGCCGAGGAAAGGAGGGCCAUGUUGGUUCACACAAUUGCCAAGUGCGGUCAGCCUUGGCAGGACCUCAGCGGGGGACGUUGCGCUGGGCGUACACUGUAGUGGUUGCUAACCUAUCUUCUUCAAGCAGAGGCAUAC